AACACACACACACACACUUCAGACACACAUAAUUACACACCACACUUUUAAUACGCUCUCUAACACACACACACACACACACACACACACUUACAGAGCCUUCAGAAAGUAUUCAUACCCCUUGACUUUUUCCACAUUUUGUUUUGUUCAAAUUAAAAUAGCUUCCUGUUGAUUUUUCAGCAGCCUGGUGGUCUGGGGGUAAAUGCUAUUGGCUAGUCUGACAGUUUUAGCCAUUGAUCUCCUAUAAAAAAGCAUUGUAUUUGGGACAAAUUAUUCACAAAAUCUCAACUGAAUCUUGUAAUGAAUGAUGUAGAAAUUGAGCAAGUUGAGGAGACGUACCUUCUUGGAAUAACCCUAGAUUAUUAACUGUCCUGGUCAAAAUAUAUUGAUGAAUAUAUUGAUGAAUAUAUUGAUGGGGAGAAAUCUGUCUAUAAUAAAGCACUGCUCUUCCUUCUUAACAACACUAUCAACAAGGCAGGUCCUACAGGCCCUAGUUUCUACCUUCUUAACAGCACUAUCAACAAGGCAGGUCCUACAGGUCCUAGUUUCUACCUUCUUAACAACACUAUCAACAAGGCAGGUCCUACAGGCCCUGGUUUCUACCUUCUUAACAGCACUAUCAACAAGGCAGGUCCUACAGGCCCUAGUUUCUACCUUCUUAACAACACUAUCAACAAGGCAGGUCCUACAGGCCCUAGUUUCUACCUUCUUAACAACACUAUCAACAAGGCAGGUCCUACAGGCCCUAGUUUCUACCUUCUUAACAGCACUAUCAACAAGGCAGGUCCUACAGGCCCUAGUUUCUACCUUCUUAACAACACUAUCAACAAGGCAGGUCCUACAGGUCCUAGUUUCUACCUUCUUAACAGCACUAUCAACAAGGCAGGUCCUACAGGCCCUAGUUUCUACCUUCUUAACAGCACUAUCAACAAGGCAGGUCCUACAGGCCCUAGUUUCUACCUUCUUAACAACACUAUCAACAAGGCAGGUCCUACAGGCCCUAGUUUCUACCUUCUUAACAACACUAUCAACAAGGCAGGUCCUACAGGUCCUAGUUUCUACCUUCUUAACAGCACUAUCAACAAGGCAGGUCCUACAGGCCCUAGUUUCUACCUUCUUAACAGCACUAUCAACAAGGCAGGUCCUACAGGUCCUAGUUUCUACCUUCUUAACAACACUAUCAACAAGGCAGGUCCUACAGGCCCUAGUUUCUACCUUCUUAACAACACUAUCAACAAGGCAGGUCCUACAGGCCCUAGUUUCUACCUUCUUAACAACACUAUCAACAAGGCAGGUCCUACAGGCCCUAGUUUCUACCUUCUUAACAGCACUAUCAACAAGGCAGGUGAGUCUUUCUGGGUAAGUCUUUCUGGGUAAGUCUCUAAGAGUGAUUACAGCUGUGAGUCUUUCUGGGUAUUAUAUAUUUAUGUAUUUCACUUUCAAUAAAUUAGCAAUCAUUUAUAAAAACAUGUUUUAAUUUUGUCAUUACGGGGUAUUGUGUGUAUAGUGCAGUCAGUAACUAUUCAGGCGCCACAUUUUGUUAAGUAACAGUCCUAUUCUAAAAUUGAUUACAUUUAUUUUUUCCCUCAUAAAUCUACAUACAAUAACCCAUAGGGCCAAAGCGAAAACAGGUUUUUAGACAUUUUUGGAGACUUGAAAUUGAGCUCAGGUACAUCUACAUCUAGUUUCUACACCUUGAUUGGAGUCCACCUGUGGUAAAUUCAAUUGAUUGGACAUGAUUUGGAAAGUCACACACCUGUCUAUAUAAGGUCCCACAGUUGACAGUGCAUGUCAGAGCAAAAACCAAACCAUGAUGCCGAAGGAAUUGUCCGUAGAGCUCCGAGACAGGAUUGUGUCGAGACACAGAUCUGGGGAAGGGUACCCAAAAAUGUCUGCAGCAUUGAAGGUCCCCAAGAACACAGUGGCCUCCAUCAUUCUUAAAUGGAAGACGUUUUGUACCACCGGGACUCUUCCUAGAGCUGGCCGCCCGGCCAAACUGACCAAUCGGGGAGAAGGGUCUUGUUCUCUUGGAACUCCAGAGUUCCUCUGUAGAGAAAGGUUCAGCUUAAAACAGGACAACAACCCUAAGCACUCAGCCAAGACAAUGCAGGAGUGGCUUCGGGAUAAGUCUCUCAAUGUCCUUGAGUGGCCCACUCAGAGCCUGGACUUCAACCCGAUCUAACAUCUCUGUAGAGACUUGAAAAAUGGCUGUGCAGCAACGCUCCCCAUCCAACCUGACAGAGCUUGAGAGGAUCUACAGAGUAGAAUGGGAGAAACUCCCCAAAUACAGGUGUGCCAAGCUUGUAGCGUCAUACCCACAAAAAAAAAAUCUAUUUAAUCCAUUUUGAUUUCAGACUGUAAGACAACAAAAUGUGGAAUAAGAGUAGAGGUGUGAAUACUUU